AUGUCCAUCGACUUUCCCAAGGCAGAGGAGGCCGUACUCGAGCAAUGGCGCGAAAUCGGCGCCUUUGCGCGUCAGCUCGAGCUCUCCGAGGGCCGUCCUCGCUACACCUUCUAUGAUGGACCGCCCUUCGCGACAGGUCUUCCCCACUACGGCCAUCUCCUGGCAUCGACGAUCAAGGACAUUAUCCCCCGAUACUGGUCCAUGAAGGGCUUCCACGUCGAGCGUCGAUUCGGAUGGGAUACCCACGGCAUCCCCAUUGAGCACGAGAUUGACAAGAAGCUGGGCGUCACGGGCAGGCAGGCCGUCAUGCAGUACGGUCUUGACAGGUACAACGCCGAGUGUCGCGCUAUUGUCAUGCGAUUUGCGGGCGAAUGGCGCCACACGAUUGAUCGUUUGGGUCGCUGGAUCGACUUUGACAACGACUACAAGACCAUGGACCCGAACUUCAUGGAGUCAGAAUGGUGGGCUUUCAAGAGGCUCUUCGACAAAGGGUUGGUCUACCAAGGGUACCGCGUGAUGCCAUACUCCACGGCACUCACCACGGCCCUGAGCAACUUUGAGGCCAACCAGAACUACCAGGACGUGAACGACCCUGCGAUUGUCGUGUCUUUUCCCCUCGUUGAGGACCCGGACACAGCCCUUCUUGCCUGGACGACGACUCCCUGGACUAUGCCCUCGCAUCUCGGCCUCGCCGCCCACCCCGACUUCGAGUACAUCAAGGUCAAGGACGAGAAAUCCGGCAAGACAUAUAUCAUCCUGGAGAACCUCCUGACGACGCUCUACAAAGAUCUCAAGAAGGCCAAGUACACCAUCACCGGUAAGAUCCUCGGCAAGGAUAUGCUGGGCUGGAAGUAUCUGCCUCCCUUUGACUACUACUACGAGGACUUUAAGGAUGUCGCCUUCAAGGUUCUCAACGCCACAUACGUGACGGCCGACAGCGGUACCGGUAUCGUUCACCAGGCCCCCGCUUUUGGUGAGGACGAUUACAACGUGGCCGUGGAGGCUGGCAUCGUCACGGAGAACCGCCCGGCCCCUGACCCAAUCACGGACACUGGCAAAUUCACAGCGCGCGUCCGUCACUUUGAGGGCAUGCACGUAAAGGAGGCAGACAAGCACAUCAUCAAGCACCUGAAGAACGAGGGCCGUGUCGUCGUUGAUUCUAUGCUGAAGCAUUCAUACCCAAUGUGCCCACGGUCAGAUACUCCUCUGAUCUACCGUGCUGUACCUUCGUGGUUCAUUCGCAUCCCUGAGGUCGUCCCAGACAUGCUGAAGAACAUCGAGGGGACACACUGGGUGCCCUCCGCUGUCAAGGAACGCCGCUUUGCCAACUGGAUCGCGGGCGCCCGUGAUUGGAACGUCAGCAGAAACCGAUACUGGGGCACUCCCCUCCCUAUCUGGGUCAGCGACGACGGCGAAGAGCGCGUCUGCGUUGGAAGCGUGCAAGAACUGCGCGAACUGAGCGGCCAUGCCGAGGAGAUCAACGAUCUUCACCGAGACAAGAUCGACCACAUCACUAUCCCUAGUAAGCAGGGCAAGGGUGACCUGAAGCGUGUCGAAGAGGUCUUUGACUGUUGGUUCGAGUCUGGCAGCAUGCCAUUCGCUAGUCAGCACUACCCCUUCGAGAACGUGGAUAAGUUCGAGGCAUCCUUCCCUGGCGACUUCAUCGCUGAGGGUCUGGAUCAGACUCGUGGUUGGUUUUACACGUUGGUCGUCAUGGGAACUCACCUGUUCGGCCAGGCUCCGUUCAAGAACUGUGUCGUCAAUGGCAUUGUCUUGGCCGAAGACGGCAAGAAGAUGUCCAAGCGUCUCAAGAACUACCCCGACCCUAACGUCAUCAUGGCCAAAUACGGAUCUGAUGCACUCCGCUUGUAUCUCAUCAACUCACCCGUGGUGCGCGCUGAGCCCCUGCGCUUCAAGGAGUCUGGUGUGAAGGAGGUUGUGCAAAAGGUGCUCCUCCCUCUCUGGAACAGCUACAAAUUCUUCGAGGGCCAGGUAGCGCUUCUCAAGAAGGCCGAGGGCGUCGACUACAUGUGGGAUCCGAGCAUGGAGUCGAGCAACACCAACGUCAUGGACCGCUGGAUUCUAGCCAGUUGUCAGAGCUUGCUCGAGUUUGUGAACGAGGAGAUGAAAUUCUACCGCUUGUACACAGUCGUACCCCGUCUGCUGGAGCUCAUCGACAACACGACAAACUGGUACAUUCGUUUCAACCGCCGCCGCCUCAAGGGUGAGGGUGGCUUGGACGACACCCUUCACGCUCUCAACGCGCUCUUUGAGGUGCUCUAUACGCUUUGCCGUGGCUUGGCGCCCUUUACACCAUUCCUGACCGACAACAUCUACAAGAGGCUGCUGCCUCAUAUCCCCGAGAAGCAGCGUGCCAAGGAUGCUCGUAGUGUGCACUUUCUCGACUUCCCCGAGGUCCGCAAGGAGCUCUUCGACCCCGUCGUUGAACGAAGGUUCGGCAGGAUGCAGAAGGUCAUCGAGCUCGCCCGUGUAUCGCGUGAGCGUCGUGCUAUUGGCCUGAAGCACCCGCUCAAGACCUUGGUGGUCAUCCACCGUGAGCCCCAAUACCUGGAGGACGUCAAAUCUCUGGAGAAAUACAUCUGCGAGGAGCUUAACAUCCGCGACUUGGUGCUCACGUCGGAUGAGAACAAGUACAAUGUCCAGUAUAGCGUCGUAGCCGACUGGCCCGUGUUGGGAAAGAAGCUGAAGAAGGAUCUGGCCCGGGUCAAGAAGGCACUGCCCACUCUGACGAGUGACCAGUGCAAGGCCUACGAGACGGAGAAGUCCAUCGUGGUUGAUGGAAUCCCUCUUGGGGAGGGCGACCUGGUUGUGCGCCGUGGCGUGAAGGAGGACGAGACGUCCAAGAACCUCGAAACCAACACGGACAGCGACGUUCUGACUAUCCUGGACACGGAAAUACACCCUGAGCUAGCCCAAGAGGGUCUGGCCCGUGAAGUCAUCAACCGAGUGCAGCGUCUGCGCAAGAAGGCUGGUCUACAGCCUACCGAUGACAUCAAGAUGGAGUACAAGGUGCUCACUGACCCUGAGAGCAUCGGUCUGGAGGAAGUGUUCUCAUCACAAGGGGCGUUUUUUGCGAAGUCGCUGCGCCGGCCCAUUGACAAGCAGGCUGGCUCGGACACGGAAGGGCUCAUCGCAGAGGAGGAUCAAGAGCUGCAGCAGGCAACGUUCUCGCUUCGUGCUCCGCCUUCUGAUGAUGAAGGCGCAAGCUUCACCGAGUCGGCGCGCUCGGUGAAGGAACCUUACUACUCAAACGAAGAAAUCGCCAUCCUACACUCGAUUGUUGCUGCUGCGGAAGAGCGCGUCAAUCAUGGCCGCGACCCAAAGCCUUUGCCAGUCGCGGCGCUCUUUCAAGCAUACGACGACAUCUUGCCCGAAUACGGAAUCGACCCCGACGAGGACAAGCACUUCUCCGCCUUCAUUUUCCGCAUUGGGGGCGAGGAGGAGCACGCGACGCUGGGGGACAAGUUCCAGGCUAUCCUGGGCUGCAUGGGGAUAGCCCUCGAAUUUGGCGACGAUACUUCAGCCUCCCUCCACAACUCCUCUCAGUCCCAGGACGACGGACAAUCGACGCGACCGCUGGAUGCCAGAAAGGGCGAUACGUCUGCUUCCGUCACUGUCCCGCCCGUGGGGAUCCGAAGAUUUGAGCAGCCAAAACCGACUGUCGCCGAAUAUGAGUCGGACGAAACGAAGGAAUCUUCUGGUUCGCCUGAAUCGACUCAACCUGCGAAUCAGCAUCACCACAAUGGGAUCCAAGAUUCGUGGGACGAUUCAAGUUUUGAUGCUGAUCCCGAGGCUGAAGCAGCGCUUCAGGCCGCUAGACAAGUCGCUGCGACCAAUGCGUUGAAUCGAUGGCGGGAUGCUGUCGCUGCCAGACACUCGAGGGAACCAGAGGCAGUAUCUCGUGCAAAACAUGGGAAGCAGGCUCCUGCAUCUCACCCUCCAGUCGCUCCAAGCAACGGCAUAGUGCAGGGCGUCCAUUUCGAACCAGACCGGCUUUUCCAACAGCUGCAGCCAGUAGAGGAGACGACGGCCGAGUAUCGGCUCGACGAGCGUCCACAACCAUUCCGCACACCUGCUGAAUCAAGGAUACCGACGCAACAACGUCGUUCCCUACUCUCGGCACUGGAUAUGUGGAGGCAUUCCAAGGAGCAACACAAAGGGCAAGCAGCCAGUGCGCAAGGCCCAGGAGCAGCAGGGACAAGACCGGAUGCGCCGACGACGAAGAAGCCGCUUGUGUUGCCCGCAGCGACAGAAGCGACUUCUCCACAGGACGUGGGAGGAACGUGGAGGCGGUCACUGGAGAGAGCGGUAGCAUCGUCAAAUCAGCCGCCGUCACCAAAGGCGAACAAGCCAUUGGAGACACCAAGACAGGCGCAGAAGCUCACGGCCGCCGCGCAAGCAGAAGAGCAGAGAAUGCAAGCUAUUGCAGCCCGGGCUCGUGAAAUCUUCCUUGCCAGCAAAGUGUUCAACCACUGGGCCGACAAGACAGCGCGGCGGCUUGAGCGAGAGGCUGUGGCCCGACGCCAUAUGAUCCGAUUCCGCUGCUUCCAUGCUUGGAGCCAGUUGCCCACUUCAAGGCUGCCCGGGGUGGACCAUCUUCGAGUCGCCACCGCUUCGCAGAAGCUCAAGCGAGCUGUGGCGGAGAACGAAGAACAGCUUCGCAUUUCCGCUUCGGCGUCAUACAAUUCGCACAGAAGCAAAAAAGUAACAGCUGUCCUUGACAGGUGGCGAUGUGUUAUCAGAGCGGCAGACACUCGCCAAAAGGUCGCGGUGCGUGAACGCUUAAACACUGCCAGGCGAUGGAUGCGUCGCGCUGACAACGACGUGAGCCUGGAAGCCGCUCUUCACACUCAUCGACAUUUAAUGCACAAUCUGAAUGCUUUGAUCAGAUGGCAAGGCAGGGCAGAGCUUGGAGCGGCCAGACAACAAGCGUCAGUACAACUGGGAUUCGAGAAGAGGGCACACGACCUCUUGAGGAUCUGGUGGGAUCAGGCCGAAGUUGGCAGACGAGCUCAGGCUUAUCGCCAAGCUUACCUCAUGGAUAAGGCCAGCCACGCAUUCGAUCUCUGGAAUCUGCGGGCUAGGGCGCAAGCCUUCAAGUGGAGGAACGAAUAUGUCUCUGCCACCCGCACUUUUGACCUCUGGGAGCGCGGCGCCAACGACAACGUGCAACGACAACGUGCGGUUGCUGCUCAUUAUGAGUUGCGCGCGCGCGCAAGAGUACUAUCAAAUGCACGCACAUGCAUAUCUCAGCGCGCGCAGCUGAUCAGGCAUAACAACAACGCCCGUCUAUAUAUAUGCGCUACACGGCUCCUGGACAUAGUGCAAAGGACGGUGGCUCGUCAGCAAGCACAGGAUAAAGCGACGCUCAGGAAGAGGUUGGAAGAGGUCUACCGUCGCUUUAGCAAAGAGAAGAAGAAGAGAUCCUGCCUUGCAGCCGUUGACAGGUGGCGCGCUGCGGCCACUCGCGACCAACACGAAGUCGAUCGGGCGUCGAGGAUCCGGGCGACUAACGAGCAGGCGCAAAGGGUGGCGAUGCUAGACACCUGGGCCGGCCGAACGAUUGAGCACCAACAAACCAGUUACCAAAUGCGGCUUCGCCACGCGGUGAAUUUCCUCAACAGCUGGAGCGAACAAGCGGUCUACCAUCAAGAACAAGAUGGAGUGGCUCGGGAGACGUGGAUCUCCAAGAAGCGAUCGCAUUACCAGAAAACAUGGUCGAAUUCGGCCAUUCAACAAGGUGGCCAGGCCCAUACAGCUGUUGCUCUCAGCAGGCGCUAUGCUCGCAGCUCGCGGAACAAGGCUUUCCAGCGGUGGAGAGGACAGUGUCUCCAGGACGAAACCAUUGCUGCACGUCAAACGCCUGCAAGAGCGUCUCAUGGAAGGUCAAGUCUGAUGCACACCACAUCACCUGGCCGCGAGUGGAAUGUUUGCAAGGACAAUGCCGCCCCUCAGAGAAGCAGACGAGGGUACAUCGCCUUUACUCAGCCCGACAGGCGCAAGCAGUGGUGCGCAGCUCGAACAGGGGCCAAGGCGAUUCCCGAGAUUACUCCCAGCGACGCCAAACGUAGCUUCCUCGACAACACCUAG